AUGGAUACAGACCGAAGUUGGAUGUAUAAGCGGCUGCAGGGCGGGUUGCUAUACCCAGGUUUUGACGAGCGCGUGCAGGAAUUUGUUAAUUUUGCUUUACGUCAUCCCGCGUGUAUGAGUGGGCCCGAUAUUAAAUGCCCAUGUCCUAGGGCAAGAUGUAAAAAUACGAGUUAUCGAGACGUCGAAACAGUGAAGCUGCACAUUCUGCAGAAAGGGUUUGUGGCAGAUUAUAAAGUCUGGGUUUUUCAUGGGGAGGGAAAUGUUUUAGAUCCUCGUCCCGUUGCACAGAUGCCGGAGGAUGACAUUGACAUGGAAAAUGAGGAGGAAGACGAUUUCAGCUCUGUUCAGAGAAUGGAACCGAAUAAUGAAGCUAAACACUUUUAUAAUAUGAUGCGUGCAGCUGAAGAACCUGUAUACCCCGGUAGUAGCAAACACUCUCCUUUGUCUGCGGCUGUUAAAAUGUUGGACAUCAAAUGUCGACAUAGUGGGUCAGUGGCUUUAGUAGAUGAUGUGACCGAAUUUAUACAAGAGCUGCUUCCAGAGGACAACAAGAUGCCGAAGAACUUUGCCGAAAUAAAGAAGAUGGUUAGAGGUCUUGGGUUGCCGGUUGAAGUUAUCGAUUGCUGUUUACGCAACUAUUCCCCGGCGUGGAAACAUUUUAGUGAAUUGCAUACAGAGUUUGCGGAAGAAAUUCGAAAUAUCAGACUAGGCCUGUGUACUGAUGGGUUUCAACCAUUUGGGGCCUUCGGGCAGAAUUAUUCAUCAUGGCCAGUAAUUUUGACACCUUACAAUCUCCCUCCAGGAAUGUGUAUGAAAGAUGAGUUCAUGUUUUUAACUGUUAUUGUCCCUGGGCCUCGAAAUCCUAAACAUCAAAUGGAUAUUUUCCUGCAGCCGUUGAUAGCUGAGCUAAACCAACUUUGGGAAUUUGGAGUCCAGACAUUCGACCACAUCUGGGAGACUGGCUUGCCCUCACUGCAUGGAAAAUACAGAUGCUUUCACGCUGAAGGGAGUAGAAAACAGUCGUGGUUUGACUGCCACAGAAAGUUCUUGCCUCGUGGUCACCCGUACCGUCGUAACACAACUCAAUUCCGUAAAGGGAAAACCGUAAACAAAGAAUUCGGACACCCGAAAACCGGAGAAGAAUUGUUGGCAGAGGUGGACAGUCUGGGGUUUAUGAAGGCAUAUGAAUUUGGGGCUGAGAAAAAUAAUGCUGCGAAGUCGGAAAAUUAUGGUUGGAAUAAAAAAAGUAUUUUCUGGGAUUUGCCGUAUUGGAAAACAAAUCUCAUUCGUCACAAUCUCGAUGUCAUGCACAUUGAGAAAAACGUAUUCGACAACAUUUUCAAUACGGUACUAAAUGUUCCCGGGAAAACGAAAGACCAUGCAAAAUCUAGAGAAGAGUUGAAUGACAUAUGUGAUCGGCCUGAGUUAGCUAAAGAUCCGGUUACUGGGAGAUUUCCUAAGGCGAUGUAUGCUUUGGACAGGGACGGGAAAAAAGCUUUACUUGAGUGGAUUAAGUUAAUAAGGUUUCCAGAUGGCUACGCGUCCAACUUGUCCAGAUGUGUCGAUACAAUCGGUCUGAAAAUGCAUGGAAUGAAAAGUCACGACUGCCACAUUUUUAUGCAAAGACUUCUGCCAAUCGCUCUCCGUGAGCUAUUACCGAAGGAAGUCUGGGAGCCUUUAACAGAGCUGAGUAUCUUCUUUCGUGAGUUAACCUCCACGUCUCUAACAGAGAUAGAUCUAGAUCGUAUGAGGCUGGAAAUCCCAAAGAUACUGUGCAAGCUGGAACGUAUUUUUCCGCCCAGCUUUUUUGACUCCAUGGAACAUCUACCCGUACAUCUGCCGUACGAAGCUAUGAUGGCAGGUCCGGUUCAGUAUCGCUGGAUGUAUCCAUUUGAAAGAUAUUUGAGAAAGCUGAAAAAAAAAGUCAGCAAUAAAGGGAGGGUGGAAGGAAGCAUCAGUAGCGGAUACUUGAAUGAAGAAACCGCAAAAUUUGCAGCUUAUUACUUUUCAGAAGGUGACCCAAUGAUACCUGAGCGGCCGCAAAGGAAUGAAGUUUAUGACAUUGAAGUCGAUGACGAUGUGGACAGACUAUCUAUUUUCAAGCCGCACGGGCAAUCAGUGGGUGCUUGCCGCAAGAGAUAUCUUGAAGAUUCUGAGAUUGUUGCUGCUCGGACAUAUGUUCUGUUGAAUUGUUCAGAAAUUGAAAAUUACAGAGAGGUUUUCGAAGGCGAGUUGCGCAGAGAAAACCCUGAAAUCACCAUCUCUCAAAUUGAAGCGAAGUUCGAGAGUCAAUUUGCCUACUGGUUUCAACAAUACGUGCAAGAUCCAACUGUUUGUACUAAUCCCUUUAUUCUUAGUCUCGCUAAAGGACCUCUUAGAUCAGUAAGAACAUUUAAGGGGUACCGUGUAAACGGAUUUAAGUUUCAGACUCAAGCUUAUGGGGAGGAACAGCUUACUAUGAAUAGUGGAGUCUGCGUGAAGGGAACUCAAUAUGUCGACAGCGAAAAUGACUUUUAUGGAGUUCUGACAGACAUAAUUGAGCUGGAGUAUCCGGCUCUUCCAAUGAAGACGACUGUCUUAUUUAAAUGCGAGUGGUUCGACCCAGCACGAAAUUCUGGCACAAUUAGUAACAAAAAAUACAACAUGGUGGAUAUUAAUAACAGAAGGAGAUACAAUAAGUAUGAACCAUUCAUCUUAGCCGAACAGGCCGACCAGGUUCAUUACCUGCCAUAUCCUAGUAAAAGAAGGGAUAAAUUAAAUUGGUGGGCAGUUUGCAGGACAAAGGCAAGAUCUGAACUUGACAUGCCCGAGGGGAUUAUCCCGGCUUUUCAAGACGUGAUAGAAGAAAAUCCUCUCAUUGUUGCAACGGACGACAAUUCGACAUAUUUAGCUGAUGACAACGGAGAAGCUGAAGAAGAUGCGUUGUUCGUGCCUCCUGAUGAAACAGAAUCUGACUUUAUCGCAUCCUCAUCAGAUGAAGAUGAAAUUGAAGAACUUUAGUAGCUUAGAGUAUUUUAUGUAUUAGCAUGUUUCUUAAUUAUAAUUAUGUUUUAUAAUUAUUUAUUCAAGUGUACUAUUUUAAAUUGAAUUCAUAUUUCUUAGUUAUAUGUU